CAGUCCGUAUAAGCUGCACGUGUGUUUCGCUGGACAAAUUUAAUAUCAAAAAUAACAAAUUACUCAAAAUUAUCCCAAACAGCUGGUAAAACCGUAGGUAAUUGUGUAUUAAACGGAAGAUGGGCAACAAGAAGAAAGCGACUGGAAAAUGCGGACUGGGAAAAUCUCUGGUCAAGGACCGAUUCGCGAAGAAUGUCAACAAAAGAACUGUCGGAGACUCGAUGCUCCACACCGCAGAGAUUAACGAUGGUUACGACUGGGGUAGGCUGAAUUUGCAGUCUGUUACGGAAGAAAGUUCGUUCCAAGAGUUUCUCUCCACUGCGGAACUCGCCGGCACAGAUUUUAAAAGUGAAAAGUUAAACGUGUCAAUUGUUACUCCAACUACUGGACUGCUAAAUAAGAGCGAAAGGGCGAAGAAAGAGGCUCAACACAAAGAGCUGGCAAACCUUCUGAAAAUUCCUCGAAGACCAAAAUGGGACGCUUCGACAACCGCAGAGCAGCUGCAAGAAGAGGAGCGAGCAUCGUUUCUUCAGUGGCGACACGACCUGGCAAUGCUGCAGGAAGAGAAGGAACUCAUUCUCACGCCCUAUGAGAAAAACCUCGAGUUUUGGAGACAGCUGUGGCGUGUUGUCGAAAAGAGUGACGUUCUUGUGCAAAUUCUGGAUGCGAGAAACCCUCUACUGUUCAGAUGCGAGGAUUUGGAGUCUUACGUAAGAGAGGUAGACCCGUCAAAACAAAAUGUGUUGCUGCUGAACAAAGCAGAUUUUCUGACUGAAGAACAGCGCAAGAUUUGGGCUGAUUAUUUCAAAGAAAAAGGCGUCACAGUAGCGUUCUUCUCUGCAAUAAUGGAGGACAUAAAGAAUGAAAUUGAAACUAUAGCUGAGGAAGAUGAGACCUCUGAAGAUGAAGAGGAUGAUGAAGAAGAAGAAGAUGAUGAUGAGGAUGAGGAGGACAGUUCUAAAAACAAACCUCCCCCAGAAAAGGUUGAAACUGCCGAAGAGUCUAAAGAAGAGGCUGAACAAGUUGUUGCGCCAGAUUUGGAUCUCUCCUCUAAAAUCCUGUGCAGACAAGAGCUUGUUGAAUACUUCAAAUCUUUUGAAAUACCUGGCAAGGAUGUGACUUGCAUCGGACUAGUGGGCUACCCAAACGUUGGCAAGAGUUCCACAAUUAACUCCCUGCUGCAGGAAAAGAAAGUUUCUGUCUCCAAUACACCCGGCAAAACUAAGCAUUUCCAGACGUUGUUUUUGGAGCCAAAGUUGAUGCUCUGUGACUGUCCUGGUCUUGUGAUGCCCUCUUUUGUCUGCACAAAGGCUGACAUGGUCACAAACGGAAUCUUGCCAGUUGACCAACUGCGAGACCACAUGCCUCCAGUUAACCUGAUCACGAGUCUCAUUCCGAGGCACGUGCUUGAGGACAAAUACGGAAUCAUCAUCAGUCGGCCGCAUGAGGACGAAGACCCUGACCGCAACCCGACUGCUGAUGAGUUUCUAAGCGCUUAUGGAUACAAUCGAGGCUUCAUGACGCAGAGGGGCCUUCCUGACGUUUCCCGCAGUGCUAGGUGCGUCCUAAAAGAUUACGUAAAUGGAAAAUUGCUCUACUGCUAUGCACCGCCGAACUGCGACCAGAAAACUUUCCACACCUUUCCAGAGCGAAUCAUCAAACCUCAAAAUCCAUGCCAACCGAUGAAUCAGCGUUUUAAGCCUUCCAAAAUCUCUGGUGAGACCCUGGACAAAGUUUUCUUCGCCAAAGCCACGAUUGGAGCGCAUGUUAAAUCAGCCGUGCCCACCGUUGGAGCUGCUUCUGGCCUUGCGUCCGGAUCAAGUGUCGCAGGUAGUUCAACAAACCUGGUGUCGUCUGGCAAACCCAGCAAGAAACAUUUUAAUAAGCAUAAAAAGGAGAAGUUGCGUAGGGUGUAUGGGUACUUGGAUCAAGCCUGAUUUAUAGUGCACUGCUACUGUAUGUGAUUUAACAAUAAAUAAAUAAAAACAAUUUAAAUUUAUGAUACCACUCAA